CCUGUUUCAAACCCUGCCAUGCCGAGAUCCGUGGUGGGAACAGCUUGCAUGUAUUUUAAACGCUUUUACCUCAAUAACUCAGUGAUGGAGUAUCAUCCUCGGAUAAUAAUGCUAACAUGUGCGUUUUUGGCCUGUAAAGUAGACGAAUUUAAUGUGUCCAGUGCACAGUUUGUGGGUAACCUUCGAGAAAGCCCUCUUGGACAGGAAAAAGCUCUCGAACAGAUACUGGAAUAUGAACUACUGCUUAUUCAGCAACUGAACUUCCAUCUUAUCGUCCACAAUCCCUACAGGCCAUUUGAGGGAUUUCUAAUCGAUUUGAAGACUCGCUAUCCGGUGCUGGAGAAUCCUGAAGUUUUGAGGAAAACAGCCGACGACUUCCUCAAUCGAGUGGCUCUGACAGAUGCGUAUCUGCUCUUUACUCCCUCGCAGAUAGCUCUCACUGCCAUACUAUCUAGUGGUUCAAGAGCAGGAAUUAAUAUGGAAAGCUAUUUAUCAGAAAGUCUCAUGCUGAAAGAAAACAGAACAUCCUUAGCCAAGCUCCUAGAUGGCAUGAAAUGCAUGAAAAAUCUCAUAAAGAAAUAUGAACUGCCAAGGCCUGAAGAGGUUGCUGCUCUAAAACAGAAAUUAGAGAAGUGUCACAGCUCGGAGCUUUCACUUAAUACAAACCCGAAGAAGAGGAAAGGUUAUGAAGAUGAUGAAUACGUCGCAAAGAAAUCUAAAAUGGAUGAGGUCAGUAAAACUCUUGUACAAGUACUUCGUUUUUCACUCUUCACUGCCAAGACAAAAGCGACACAGCUACUGAGACAGCCUUCUGCAUCUGUUAAUGUUCUUUUACAUGUUGCUCAGUCUUUUUCAACUUUGUUUUUAAAAAUGCACCAGAGUUCGUACUAGCCUGUGUUUCGGAGCAUUCCUAAACACCGCAGUCUCUUGUGGAGAGGGGGGAAGGACAUGCAGGCCACCCUUGCUGCUGUUCCCUGUGCUUUGAAAGUCUUCUGACAAACUGGAGAAGGUGCACAGAACAACAUAAAGCUCAGUGCUUACAGUUCCAGCAUGUGAAGCUCCAUGGUGCUGGUGAGGGGAAACAGCUGUGAAACUGAGAUUUGGAAUGUUAUGAUGAAAGGAGGUUUCGGAAGGCCAGGAACUGAACAUUUGAGGAGAAAUCCUACCUCUACAGGCAGAAACUCAGUCCUCAGAACGUGGAUGAAAUAAAUUGAGUAUAUGCUGAAAUACACUCAAGCAGCAUUUUUUCAUGGAAGUUUUAUGUGGUGUUUUUUCUGCUGGCCAGUGUUUCUCAAGCUGUUUUUGUUUUUUUUCUUUGGCUUCUUGCACAAAGCAGAAGUCAGCUGCUGGACUAAAUUUCUACGUCAGCCAAUUUGCCGGCAAGGCUUGCAUAAAUGACAGAUGUGUAGCUGGUACCUCGGGUUGUAAGACCAAGUGUAAAUAAGGUGGAGAUAGACUGAGGAGGGUACUCAGCAAAUGAAAACAGAAUUAAGGUAACACUUCAGACGUAAUCUGAACACCUUUCAGAGCUUUCAUUUGGAACGUUGACUGGGAGUGGUAGAGAAUCCAUUCUGGUAGAGGAACAGCUUUGUGAAGAAUGCUUUUAACUGGACUUCUCUUGACACUGACGUACAUCCUGAGACUCCAGGAAGCCUUAAGCAUGGCAUCCAGAAAAACUUGCUAACAGUUGAAGAGGGUCAUCUGUCAAAAUCUUUAACAUAAAAUGCAGGAUGAGUGGGUUUUUUGUAAUUGAAGGAGUCUUGCUAUUAUAAGUCAUCGUAGUAGGUUGAUGCUAUAAUGUCAAACUAGAAUCUUAAAAAAUCAUUUGAACAAGAUUGUAAGAAAAUCAUCAUUGAAAGUAUGUUCUGACAAAAUGUGGAACCUCAAGCAUAUCUUAUGAUAUCAGUUUAUUGCUAUAAAAACGUUGACUCACGUUUACUCCAAAGCCAGUCUUAAAAAGUGUAUUGAAACUGGCAACUCCAUAAAAGUAGCACUUUCAUAACUUUUCACUUUCUCACAAAAUGACUUGGAGAACAGCGCCUCCUAAACUCUGGAGGCUCACUUCUUCCUCCCUGCCCCAGUUUAAUUUUAAGGGGGUCGUAUUUUAGUUAUGCUGCUAUGGUUUGAGUUAGUUUUUAUUUGGGGGUUUCUUAUUCAUUUAUAUUCACAAUUCUUUUUGCAAAGGACUAGACUAAUUGGAUAAAUUCACAUAGUCUACAGCAUUUCACAAUAAGCUCUCGCACAGUUGUAACAGCUCUUGAAACUCAGGCUUUUUAAAUAGCUGAUGUAUAUGAACUUCCAAGGAUUUGUAUUUGUAUAGUUUCAUUUCUGAGUAAUUACCACAUGCAAGAGCAGCUCUGAGAUAGCCAGGAUAUAAAGGAAAAAGUGAGCUUCAUUUCUGGAAAGCUUAUAGUAUGUGCCUACUGCUCAGACCUUGAGACCGUGCUAAUCCUGGAGCUAGCUGAUGUUGACAGUAGCUACAGCCCUAAGUAAUUAGGCUGUAAUACAGAAGCGCUCAAUCUGUUCUAAUCUACUUGUAAGAUUUUUGUUUCUUGAUUUCGUAGCUGAUUGAUUGGUAAUACCAACAGCAAGGCCUUACCUGGUAUGGAGAGCUUAUCAGUUUGAAAUGAUAGAAGAAACAUGGAGGGUACUGGUUGAGCGCAGGUGACUCAGCUGCCCAAGUAAUGAAGCCAGAAAACGCACAAGACACUAGUAAAAGGUUGCAAUAUGAGCUCUUGUGGAGAUCGCAACAAAGUUGUCCGUAAUGAAGAAGCAUGAGCUAAACCUCAAACAGGUGCUGAAACGGGGCUGCUAAAGUGAGUGGGCCUCCAUGACUUCAAGCCUAGGUGUGGAUAACUAGCUUUAAGGUCAAAGGGGCUUAGUCACCACUAGUUAAAAUAUUUUUUUAGUCUUCUGUUCAUGGAAUACUUCUGUUAGGUACUAAAUCUGGUCAUGAAGAGCGUAGGGUAUUUUUUGGUGUGGGUUUUUUUAUUUUUGGUGUUCUUGAUAAGCAUCAGGGCAUGCUUGCAGAAGCAAGAAACGGGGUUUAGUUAGUCCCAGGAGGCUUUCAGUCCUGUGUCCUGGGAUUAGCCAUCGUUAGCUGAGGAGGAAGUCUUCCCUCUGAUGCAUUUACUUGACUGUGUUACUCCUGUUUUCUUCCCUGUGCCAGACACGGAGCACACUGGGUCGUACUGCUUGGGCAGGGCAGGCAAGACACAAUUUAAAUGAACCCAGGAAUCAACACUUAAUUGGAGUCUCAUGACAGAUUGGGGCAUGUUUAAAGAAACUCCUUUAGCAGCGGGAGCGAGCCUGUGCAGGCGUUCAGGUGGUGGGGAGCCCAAGGAAAGGAAGUACCCUUCCAUGUUGUUCAGCCGUGGUUGGCCAUGACCUGAGGUCAGGCACGUCAUGAGCAGCUGAAAGGGAACUUAACAGACAUCAAGUAACUUCUGCCGAGACCUUGCGUGAAUUCUUAUUUCCAGUUUGAGCCAGCCUUGUAAGUUAACCUGGGCUGACAGCUGCUACCUGGUCCUCAGGAGGAGAAGGGAGCGGGCAAGAUAAGUUGGGGCAGAAAUGUAUGUCUGUCAAGUAACGUGGACUUGACAGACCGCCAAGCACAGUGUUUAAAACCAGUGUGAACUUGGUAUUGAAGUCUACUACUGAUAGCAGGCACAGUUCAGAGGUGUGGAAAGUUAAUCUGCGUUACAUAAAUUCUCUUAGACUGGCGUAUAUAGCAGCAUUUACUGACUGUAGGUACACAGGCUGUCACAGGUAGUGCCUGGCCCACCUUGCCGUAUGUCCUGGUUUCGGCUGG